CUUCUCUGCUGCGGCUCGAAACAAGAAAAAAGCACGAGAGAGGAGAGGAGAAGGUCGCAUCACGAGCAAGUAGAGAGAGAGAGAGAGAGAGAGAGAAGUGUCUGUCUGUCAGAUCAGGAGGCACAGAUCAAGACAACAGAGCAGCACCAGCAUCAUCAUGGCCCGCCCAUCCCUCCUCCUCCUCAUCACCACUGCCCACCACCUCGCCAUGGUCGGCCUCAUACAGGCACAAGCAACCUUCAUCUGCUCAGACCUCAAUACAGGCGCAUUAUCCUUCUCACCCAUAUACGCACAGUUCCAAUCAAAGGGCCUGUGUGCCGGUACCUGCAGCGGCUAUGCAUAUGCCGUUCUACAAGGCUAUAACUGCUGGUGCUCCAACUACACACCUGCCACCACAGCCGAGACCUCAAGCUGUGAUACAGGGUGUCCUGGUUUCGGCACAGAUAACUGUGGUGGACAAUUAACAGGUGCCUUUGCCUACUACCAACUUGCUCAAGCGAGUGGUAUCCUCGGUGCAUCGUCAUCAUCAUCGCAAACACCCUCUUCUUCUACUUCAUCAGGCGGCGAUGGUGGUGGUUCAUCAACCUCAUCAGAGAGAACUACCGGUAAUGGCGCGACACAGCAAUCAACAAGCAGUAAUGGAGCAACGAGGACAGUGGCCACUGCAACGACACCAGGUCAAGUCACCGUCUUUGUCACGCAAACACCAGGUGCAAGUACAUUCACACGCUCCACCACACCCGGUAGUAGUGCCACCAGCAAUCGCUCUAGUGCCUCUGCCGGCAGUCUCGCUGAUAACGUUGGGUCAUCAGGCAAUAGCAGCAAUGGUAGCAGUAAAGGCUUUUUCGACGAUACAGGGAAAGUGGCAGGCACGUUUGUCGCUGUUGGACUUGUUGCGCUCGCUCUCAUUGCAGCACUCUUAUGGUACCUUCGAAAACGCAGCAAUCAGCAUCGUCAUAGCACAGCGACGACCUCAACCGGUGGUGCGUUUGUGGAUCGGAAAGCAUCACAAAGUUCAAGCAAUACGGGAAAUGCCCUCAUGUCGCAGAAUGGCCGCUCACGAUCCGGUAGCAUGGCUGCUGCCUUGGGUGAGAAGAAUGGACGUGUGACGCCGCGUGAUGGAUGGCCGGAUGAGAUUAUUCCGGUGGAUCAACGAUUGAAUCCACGGCCAUUGUUGAUGCGUUUUGACAGCAACUAUUCACGGCAUAGUUUGCGUGAUGAGGAGGAUUACAGUCGGCGUGUCUUGACGGUGACGAACCCCUCUGAGGACUGAGCAUCUUGAAGUACACACACAACCAGUCCUUCUUUUGACAAAAAGCACUCACAACGACAACAGCGACGCAUAGACGGAUGGAAUUUAUUGAAGAAGAGAGGAAGAGACAUCCUUCACAUUCGCUUCAUGUUCCAAAAAGGCACGACCAGACACGACAGUACAAGCAGCGCACAGUGGCAAAUUACAUUCAUUUUUCUCAUUCUCUCUCUUUUCUUCUUAUUGUAAGGCGGAGUUUCUCUUGUUUUUCCUUUCACAUGAUAUUGCAUAUUAUACGCGUUCAGACACUUUGAUUGCCGCUCGACAUGUCAUCUUGAUGACUUCUGUGAGAACAGGAUAGGCAGGCGCACCUUUUGCAUCCCAAUCAUUCACAGCUGUAUCCAAAUGCUCCAAUUCAUCAUCUCUAAACUCCCUGAUGGUCUUUUGCAAUCCCAAAUCCAAAUCCAUCGCUUGCAAUUCUCGUAAUUGAUCAUUGUAG